UAAAGCAAAUUCAGCAAUAGUUACUAAAGCUGUUGCAAACUUGACAAAAUGCUUCGCAUUUUAGUGAAUGUGUUAGUGAUAGUAUCUGUAACAACUGCUGAUGUGCUGCCGAAUACUAUACUAUUGAAUGAUGGUAACAGGAUACCAAUAGUGGCUUAUGGCACGUUUGGGAAAACGUACGAAGUAGAGAUCAUAAAACCAGCCGUAAUAAAAGCUAUUGAAGCUGGAUAUAGACACAUAGACACAGCCGCAGUAUACCGAAAUGAAGAACAAAUUGGUGAGGCGAUCGUUGAUGUAAUCAAUCGUGGAAUUGUCAAGAGAGAAGAUCUAUGGAUCACUACUAAGCUGAGCUUAGAUGUCGGCACUAGGGAAGGAGUUCUUAAAUCACUUCAAACGUCUUUAAAUAAAUUGAAGCUUGAUUAUGUUGAUCUAUAUUUGAUACAUUUUCCGAUGAAUCUGCGAAAUCUUCAAGAACAUGAUUACUUAAAUAUAUGGAAAGGCAUGGAGGAUAUGAAGAAGUUGAACUUGGCUAGAUCUAUCGGCAUAUCUAAUUUUAACAGUUCUGAAAUAAACAGAAUUUUGCUUAAUUCCGAAAUAGUACCAUCUGUCAAUGAAAUCGAGGUAAAUCCUAAUUUCGUAGAUUUGGAUCUCGUAGCUUAUUGUCAAAGCUUGAAUAUAACCGUAAUGUCUUACGCACCAUUUGGUUUCAUGGCUCCACGACCAUACUUAAAUUAUACAACGAGUAUAACUUUCGAAAAUCCGGUACUUAAAAGCAUAGCACAAAAGUAUGGAAAAACUACAAGUCAAGUUGUUCUGCGAUACUUGAUUGAUCGUGAUACAAUACCAAUCCCGAGAUCAACAAACGUGGAACGAAUUGAGUUAAAUAUUGACAUAUUAGAUUUCAAUCUCACUGAAAAUGAAAUUUACGAGAUCAAUGAACUCAAUGAAGAUGCUAAAGUUUACGACUUUGGCGACGAAUCAUUUCUCCCUGUAUUUGUGGAUUAUUAUGGUUUGUAACAAUAAGUAGGAAAA